AUGGCGCACAUCCCGUACGGAGACGCCGACAGGCCCGACUGCACCAUUCUGCCGGCGUCCGUCCACCAUUACCCCGCCGGCGUGAUGCCGCCGUACGGCCACACCAUGGGAUGGUGUACGUGGCCUGAUGGUGGUUUUGCCCUCUUUUUUCUUAUCCUUCUCCGUCGCAAGAACGACUCCCUCGCUCUCCUGCAGUACCUGGAGAACGAGCAGGUGUUCACCUCCAUGGCCGUCGGUGUCACGAUGAAAGGCCGCUGGUACAAAGUCAAGAACCCCGCGUCAAGCGACAGCUACAAACUCUUCCAGAGCUGCACCGCUUUCGCCGACUUGCAAGACUUCGCGCCGGCCGAAGUUUGCAAAGCGAACGCCUACAACACCCUGACAACGAAUUACGACUACGACCGCACUCUCUUCGUGGGCUUCACCUACGACAUGAGCGCCGGGCGCCUCCUAGUCUUCGACAGCCGGAGAGCAAUCCAAAACAAGUUCUGCGACCUCAAGCAGCACUACAUGAACCUGAGCUACGGCGUCGCCGCGUACGACGUGGAAUUCGACGCGCCUCCCUACUUGUGCGCCCUCCUCGGCAUCGACGGGCCCUACAGCCGCGUGGACGCCCUAACGAAACUGCGGGACUACAUCUCGCAGAACUACACCAGCGCCGCCAGCAAGGCUGACUGCGACCGGAUCAGAUGAAGUGUCGCACAGUGGCGUACAACCUGGAACCCACAUUCCGGAGGCGGUUCAGAACUGACGCCACGAGCUCGUUACGAAGGAAGCCCACGAGACCGCAUCUUCAAGAACAUUUUUAUGCUGGUUACAAACCAUUUCGUUUUCGUUGACUCGGGCUACUGCAUCUUCGACAGACUGAUAUGUAACCCUAUUAAGGAAGCCUUUGAUUUGAACGAGAAAUGUUUCGUCUCGCGUUCAGAUUUGCCGUGAACUGUCCAGCAGGACCAGCUGUUUUACUCAUUGUACUCAAUUGCUUAUUUGGUUUGUCGCCGUCUCUCGCAAUAUUUGUCGCACUGCGUGUCGAUAUAUAGGAUCGUAGACAUUCUUGAGAGACAUAUCCGUUGGUUUACGUCAGAGCUCGUCGGAAUCCACUGUAAUCGGAGGAUAUGGACAUUGAUAGCGAAUGCACACAGUGAUACGACUGUGAGUCGGAAGCAAGUAUAAAUAUAGACACGAGAAAAAGAUGUAGACUACUUGCGAUAAGCUCUGCUCACUUAUAUUUAUCGCGCAUUUUGCACGCCGCACCAGAUUUUUGGUCGAUAAUGCCCCACAUGGUGGGUAUGUGCUACUUCGUACGAGGUGAUACACUGCUACCAACGACAGCUCUCUAUGUGCCGCACGGUGUGGGCCGGUCUUCAAUCACACACUUUGACGCCAUCUUGGGUCGCACGGUAUGUGCAUGUGGGUAUGUGCCACUUCUCAUAAUAUUGAUCCUGUAGAACAUGCCAGCAAUCACGCACCAAUAACAAGAUAUAUUUACUAAUCACCUAAUGACGUCAAUCAUCUCUAAAAAAGAUGCAUCGCGAAUAUAUUUUUCUUAUAUCCUGCUUAGACGAUGUCGAGAAAGCAACAGUCUCCACGCUCCUCGUAUCUUUUUUUUUUUUUUUUUGUCCUGAACAAAAGAUGUAGCGCUCACGUAUUUCGAGCUCCGAAGCGCCAGACGUGGUACAAGGGUCGCACCCUUUGUAUGCACCAACACGAUAACAC